UCAAUCAAUCCCUAAAAUAAUUCUGAUCCCUCCAUUAACACCCCAUUACAAUGUUUCCUCAAACCCAAAUGCUUCACUUUAUACUGCUCCCUCACUUGACCCAAGGCCACAUGAUCCCCAUGAUAGACAUGGCCAAGCUACUAGCACAACAUGGUGUGACCGUCACCAUAAUCACCACUCCCCUCAAUGCAACACGCAAUAAACCUAUCAUAGAUCGGGCCAUUGAAUCAGGGCUUCAUAUCCAACUUCGACGAGUCCAAUUUCCAUGCACUGAUGUUGGAUUGCCUGAAGGAUGUGAAACCCUGAACGCCCUGCCCUCCAAAGAUAUGUACAAAAAUCUCCUUACAGGUAUUAGGAUGCUACAAAAACCAGUGGAACAAAUUUUGGCUGAGCUAAAUCCUCGUCCAAGCUGCAUAAUUUCAGACAAAUAUUUUGCCUGGACUAACCAAACCGCUCGUGUGUUGCAGAUUCCAAGGUUAGUUUUUGAUGGUACAAGUUGUUUUUCCCUCUCGUGCACACACAAUAUAAUCACAUCCAAGGUUUAUGAGAGUGUGCCCGAAAUGGAACCUUUUGUGGUCCCUGGUUUGCCCGAUAUGAUUGAAAUAACUAGAGCCCAAUUACCUAAUGCUGUCAAUAUAGACCCAACCAACACAAUGGAUAUUCGUAAAGAAUGUAGAGAGGCUGAACUAGAAGCAUUCGGUGUAAUAGUCAACACGUUUGAGGAAUUAGAACCAGCAUAUGUUAGACAAGUUCGAAAAGUUAGAGGAGAGAGAGUUUGGUGCAUUGGGCCCGUGUCAUUAACCAACCAAGACAACUUAGAUAAGGCUGCUAGAGGCAACAAGGCCUCAAUUGAUGAAAGCCAAUGUUUGAAGUGGCUUGACUCAUGGAAACCAUGCUCUGCUGUCUACGUUUGUCUUGGAAGCCUCAGUCGCUCACCAUCAGCACAAUUGAUAGAGCUUGGUUUAGGCUUAGAAGCAUCGAACCAACCUUUCAUUUGGACUAUAAGAGGAGGUGACAAACUAGAAGAACUUGAGAAAUGGAUAUUAGAAGAAAAAUUUGAGGAUAGGGUCAGAGGGAGAGGCCUUUUGAUUAGGGGCUGGGCUCCACAAUUGUUAAUUUUGUCACACCCUGCGAUUGGAGGAUUCCUAACUCAUUGUGGUUGGAAUUCAACACUAGAAGGGAUAUGUGCUGGUUUGCCAAUGAUAACUUGGCCAUUGUUUGCUGAGCAGUUUUAUAACGAAAAGUUUAUUGUACAAGUGUUGAAGAUUGGUGUGAGUUUAGGGGCUGAGUUUGUUGUAAACUGGGCAGAGGAAGAGAAGUUUGGGGUGGUGAUGAAGAAGGAAGAAUUUAAAAGGGCUAUAGAUCUGUUGAUGGAAGAUGGAGAAGCAGGACAAGAAAGAAGAAAGAGAGCUAAAGAGCUUGGGGAGAUGGCCAAGAAAGCAAUUGAGGGAUCUUCCAAUCUCAACAUGAAACUCUUGAUCCAAGAUGUCAUGCAAGAAGUGAUGGGCAAAUUAAUAUAAGAUCAUUUCCGUUGUUGUGUGUGGAGUAUCAUUUGUAGAGUCAUUUCAUCGAGGCAAAGAGUGAUGUAGCU